UGUCUCUCCACAGCUCUGAGCUCUGGUGUGAACUCUCAUGCAUUUUACUUUAUUUCUGAGAAAAUGAGCUGGACAGAUGCACAGACGUACUGCAGACAGAAUCACAAUGAUCUCGCCUCUAUCGAUGACCAGACGGACCUUAAUGCGCUGUUAAAAACUGUUCCCAGUGAUUUCAAAGAAGGCAUGUGGAUUGGACUCUAUCGGAAGACAGGGACAUCUCCCUGGAUUUGGUCUGAUCAGAGCAAAUCCUCGUUCCAACUGUGGAUCCCUGGACAACCAAACAAUGCUGGUGGCAACCAGUUUUGUGUGUACACAACUCCUGCUGGAUUCUGGAAUGACUAUGCUUGUCUGGAAAAAUAUGCAUUUAUCUGCUAUGAGAAUAGAAUACAGAUCAUGAGAUUGGAGGUGAAAUCAAAUCGAAAUGUGAAUGAUCCGGCAGUAAAGAACGAGAUUUUAGCAAAGAUAGAGAAAAUGCUAAGGGAGAAGGGUCUAACAGAAGAUGCAAAACUGUCAUGGCAAAUGAUUUCUGGAGGAAAUGUCUUUCAGAGGAUGUGGUAUCAGAAGAAUAAUGUUUCUAAUUCUCCCUGUAUCAGAAACAAGAACUGAUUGUCUCAUAAUGGCAUUUCUUGUGUCAUUUUAGUUAUACUCGGCUAAGAGGGAACACUGAGAACUUUAGCUAAUGUUGUGACAAGGUUCUCUGAAAGUUAUGCACAAACAAAUUAAUAAAACAUAUGUUCAAAUUUAGCACAAACGCAUAAUUUUACAUUGUUGGAACAUUUUAGCUGAAUCAUU